CAAACGAUGGCACCUCUUAGUGACUUUGAAAAGCAGCGUCAGGCUAACAUCCAGAGGAACAAGGACCUCUUGAAGCAGCUUGAGCUUGACUCCAUCUCUAGCUCUAUCAAACGAGAAUUGCCCAAGAAAGAUGUUACUCGCAAGAAGCGCAAGACUGAGCCAAAGGCCAAGGAACCUGCUGAACCAAGCAGAAGAUCCAGAAGAAUUGCGGGUAUAAAAACCGAAACUGAAAACCCGGAGGAAUUCGCUCGGAUUCAAGAAGAGAUAGAGGAAAAGGAGCGUAAAAGAAAGGAGUUGGAAGAGUUGAAAAGAACCAGACUUUUUGGUGACUUCAAGUUGAUUGACUUGAUAACAGACAAAAAACUGGGGCACCUCAAGUUUGAGGACAAGGUAAUAAAGCAGGAAGGCCUGGAAAGCGUCAAGGAAGAGCCAUCUGAUGAAAUCGCAGACAUAGAUGAUGAUAAUAAAGUACUCCAGGUGUUCAAGAGCUUAGGCAGCAAGUUCUCAGCAGGAGACUUCUACAAUGAAAUAAGAGACACGAUAAGCUAUAACGAUGAGGUAUUGGAAACGAAAAGAAAGGAGUUUGACGAUUUGAAAAUAUACCAAAAAUUCGAUCCAUUGGAUAUAAAGAUUAGCCAUUAUCGGAUCACCUCUAUCAAUUUUCAUCCCUCCACUACUGAUAGGGUUGUGAUGGCGGGUGAUACCAAUGGUAACGUUGGUAUAUGGGCCGUUGACUCGAAAGAAGAGGAUGAGCCAACGAUAAGCAUACUAAAGCCCCACGGAAAAUCGAUUUCUCGAAUCCUUACUCCAAACAACUCUCCAUCUAAAAUAUACACAAGUUCAUAUGAUGGUUCAGUGAGAGAACUAGACCUUAAUAAGCUUGAAUCAUCCGAAUUGGCGUAUUUGAGCGACCCUUGGGAAUCUGGUGACUAUUCGUUGGGUGUAUCGGAUAUAAAUUUAUGCAAGGAAGGAAAUCCGAAUAUAUUAUACAUGACGACCUUGCUGGGAAACUUUUAUCAACACGAUAUUCGGGAAGCUUUCAAGCCAGCUCUGACAAAGUCCCUUUUGAGGUUACAUGACAAGAAAAUUGGUUCUUUCAGUAUAAACCCAAACUUGUCAUAUCAAGUUGCAACUGCAUCUUUGGACAGAACAUUGAGAAUAUGGGAUUUAAGAAAUUUAGGUAGCUCUAAAUGGUCAGAUUUUGAAAACCAAACUUCUCCACACAUGUAUGGAAGCUACUCGUCAAGAUUAUCUGUUUCGUGUGUUGAUUGGAAUAUUGAGAACAGAUUAGUUUGUAAUGGUUAUGACGAUAACAUUGCUCUUUUCGAUUACAAUGGUACAAAAGAGCUUUCUCCAAUUACACAGUGGGCAUCUGACUAUGUGGUACCUUCCAAAGACGAAGAAAUUGUUCCUGACAAUUUAACUCCCUUUACAAAAAUAAGACACAAUUGUCAAACUGGUCGUUGGGUAUCCAUUCUCAAAUCCAAAUGGCAGACUCAACCUGAAGAUGGAGUUCAGAAGUUUGUCAUUGCGAAUAUGAAUAGGGGAGUAGAUAUUUACGAUCAGAAGGGUCAAAUCAUUGCUCAUUUAUCUGAUUCUGUGGGUGCAGUUCCUGCAGUAUCUACAUUGCACCCAUCCAAGAACUGGGUAGUUGGAGGUAGUGCCAGUGGAAAGGUGUAUCUAUUUGAGUAGAACCACCACGUGUAUAAUAUGGGAGACUACCAAAUAAUAAACAGAUUUGGAAAUAUACUGUACCUCCAAUAAUGAAGUUAGAAAGUUAAUCUCUUGAU